GUUAGCAAGUGGUACUGUGAGCAUCUAAUUAUUUGUGCCGAUUUGUUUUACUGUGUCUUAUAAUUUUAACUGUAUUUUCACCGAGUCUUGCAUAUGUAUGUACGCAUAUGUACGUACUUACAUAUGUAAGUACAGUACAGCUUUACAGAUCUGAUACAAGUAGUACCUUGCUGGCAUAAAGAUGAGCUCGAACCGCAAGCAACCACCUCCCAACAAACCUUCUACACUCCUGGGCCGGGAUGAAAAUGAAACAAUUUUCCGGCUCCUUGGCACAAGGUGUCAGACAUUGAGCACUGCAGUUGUCCAGGUGUUUGGCACUGAUGGUCCUCAUCACAAUGUGUGGCGCAAACGCCAUUUUGGUGUUGCUACUUUCACCAAGGACAAUGUACGAAGAUCUUAUUAUAUACAGGUGUAUGAUAUUGUGGCAGCCAAACGAGUGUUUGAGCAGGAGCUGUAUAAUCAGUUUAAUUACACAGCCUCAAUGCCCUUCUUCCACCAGUUUGAAGCAGAGGAUCAGAUGAUUGGGUUAAACUUUGCUGAUGAGGGAGAAGCUAAUGCUUUCAACCAGGCUAUUGGUGAACGACUAGCUGCCAAACAGCGAAAGAAAGAAGAGAGAAGAAGACAAACUGAGAAUCAGCAGAGGCACCUACAGCAUCAGCAGUCUAACCAUCACCAGCAACAGCAGCAACAGCAUCAGCCGCAGCUACAACAAAAGCAGCAGCAGCAGCAGCAGCCUCAGUCACCAUAUGUGCCUCCAUAUGUAAGCCCCUAUAAGGACAUUAAAAAGAAGAACAACAAGAAAGGAAAUAAGAAUCGGAACAAACUCAGCAAAGAUGAGAUUGGCAUGCCAACUGAUUUCAAACACAUCACACAUGUUGGCUUCAAUCCUGACACCGGAUUUUCUCAGUUCAACGUGGACGAUAAGCUUGAAGGCUUCUUUAAUAUGGUUGGUGUUAGUCAGCAGCAGCUGUCGGACACCCGUACAAGGGAGUUCAUCUAUGACUUCAUCGAGAGGAAUGGCGGUGUGGAGAAGGCCAUGCAGGAGACUCAGAAAUAUGCAUCUCAGCCAUUGGACACCACACACACUGAGAACUCUCACUCUCCACCCCCACCACCAGCUAAACCUCUACCCCCUCCAACACCGCCAACUGUUCCAUCCCAUAACUCUGUUAUUGGCUCCAGGGCUGCUCCUCCACCUCCACCUCCACGCACCAAUAAUCAUGGCCAUCCUCCUCCUCCACCUCCUUCCUCUGCUCCACCCCCACCACCACCUCAUCCUCGAGGCCCAAUGCUUCCUCCACCUCCAGGACAGAUUGUUGCAGGACAAAAGACUGCACCACUACCUCCCAUUCCUACAUCAAGCCAUCCACCACCACCACCACCUCCCACAUCUACCAUCCCCACUUUCCAUCACGGAAAUAAGGCAGCUGCUCCGCUUCCUCCACCACCCCCACCUGCACCUCCAGCUAUUGGAGUUCCUCCCCCUCCACCACCACCACCACCUCCUGGUGGACUCCACGCUGCCGGAGCCAAUAUGGAUGCCCGGUCUGCUCUCCUGGAUCAGAUUCGCACUGGCCCCACAUUGAAGGCCAGUAGUCAGCAUGGUCACCAGAAAGUGGAUCCUUCUGAACGGCCGCCACCCACGGACUCCCGCAGUCAGCUGAUGGACCAAAUUAGAUCAGGAAUUAAGCUUAAGAUUGUGGAGGAGCCUGGUGAUGGUGGAGGUGCAGUCAAAUCAUCUGAACCCAAGCUAGAAGGACUGGCAUUGGACCUGCAUCGUGCACUGACUAGUCGUGCGCUAGUUAUACAGUCUGAUGAUGACAGCUCUGAUGACGACGACGACGAGGAAGAUGAGUGGGAUGAUGAUGAUACUUGAAAAAAGGGAAAGAUUUGUAAGAAGAAUUUAUAUUGGUGUAUAAAAAAGUAGGCUUAAUCCGCAUUCAAAAUUGAGGUAUCGGUAUAUAUUUCCAACUCUGUUAGUGAUAGAAGAAUGAAAAUUGUAUUUUGAAAGCUUAUUUAAAUUUGUCGCUGGGUUAUUUUUAUAACGGGUAAAUAAUUACCCAUAUUACACAUAAUAAUUACAUAUACACAUAAAUAAUUACUAUAAGAAAAAAGCUCUUGAGAAAACUGUUGUAAAUAAUGCAUAGAACAUGUAAAGUAAAAACAACAAAAAUUAUUGAAUGAUGUUAGUUGUAGAUGCUUCAUUGGAAUUCUUUUCUUAUUGGCACAAAACUUGUUAUUAAAGACGUGCCCUGCUUUAUACGCAGGUGGAUGCAGGUAAUGUAUAUAUAAAAGUAAAAUAUACAUAUACUGUGCUUUAUACACACAGCAUCUACAACUCUAGCAACUCACAAGUUUAAACUGAGUGAGAGGAAGGUUUGGUGGAGUUCUUUGUGAAAUUCCUAGGAAGGAUCACUCCUAGUCAUAUUAUUAGCAUCAUGGAUGACAACAACACAUUCUUUGAGUGAGGAUGUACCCCAUGAUCCAGGGUACACUGGUCAAUCUCAAAUUAUUUGCACCUAUCAAAAUUAUUUUUAUCAUUUUUGAGUGUGAUCAUUUGAAUCUACAGUAGCAGUAAUUAUUUACAAAACAUGUAAGCAUAUUAAAAGAAGCCAUUAGUGUGGUUUCUUUUAUUAUGUUUAAUUCUGCUUAAUUAAUUAAAAUAAGUAUUAUGUUCUGUGGUACAAGAGACUGGCGUGUAAGUAUUUUUUUAAGUUCUGACCAUUAGCAAAUCAAGGAAUGUAAACAAUAAUAUUAUUCAUACACAAUGUUGCUUUUGUUUUAGAUGGGAAACAUUUGUUUGAAAUUCAUGUAGGGUUUAUUGCAUUAGCUGAAUCGUCUUGAAGAAUUAUAAUUUAGUAUGUUAUAUUUAUCUGGAGACUGUUUUAAAUGUGAAAAUUCUUCCCAAAUACAGUACAUAUUCAGGACCUUUUGAACAUCCAUCAAUAUAGACGGUGUUAUAUGGUCUUUCUGGCUUGGUGCGUUCUUUGGAUAAUUAUAUACUGUACUUUUUUUUUUUUACUCCUCCCAUAUACAAUACACAAGAAAUAUGUAUACAGUACAGUAUAUUCUUUUCAGAUCUGAAUUUGUCAUGGCUUAAUAAAUAAGUAGAAUUCUGUUAUAUAAAUUUUUUACAUACUAGUUUGUGUGACUGAACACCCUAGAUAUUAACCCCUUGGAGAGCGGCUAUUGAAAAAUGGUCACACCUGCCUGUGUGCAUAAUAUGAAAAAAAACUAAAAAUUUUUAUUAUAGAAUGAUUAAUUUGUAAUGUAGAAUGUAAAAAAACAUAAAAAUAUUUUUAUGUACAUUUUUACUGGGUGGAGAAGCUGUGAAAGGCUGCACAGUGGACAUGUGGUCUGGCGUCUGUCAACACACGGUGCUAACUUUGCUGUGCUGACACUGAGGGGUGCGUAACUGCUUUUUUUGUUCUCCUUGGAUGUUUAAUUGAUUGUUUAUCACUUGUUUCUAUUUAUUUACAAGAUUGUGUGUUGAAUAACUUAAUAAUUCACAUAAUCACAUGUGUAAAACCCAGACAAUAAUAGUUCAAAUCAUCAUAUAAUGAUAACUGCCUUACCCCUUGUACUGUAUCAACAUUUGGUGAUAACUGCUCUCUAAGUGUUAAAUGAAGCGCACACAACUUUGGCAGGUUGAUAGUAAGGCCCUCAAUAUUACUGCACCCUCAUAACAGCCUGUACUUGGAAUGUAUCUGAAUGAGGUUCUGGGAGUUCUACUCCCCACGCCCAGUCCUGGGCCAGCCUUGACCUGUGAGAGAGUUGAACAUCCGGUCCAACAGUAUGUUAGCUGGAGUGGCCCGCAGGCUCUCGUAUUCAGUACAGCGCGGUUGGUCCGGCACUUCUUACAAAAUAAGUGUCCAGCUUUUCUUGAAGUGUACCUUCAAGUUGUUCCAACAACUUUGUUGGAACAACAAAGUUGGAACUUUGUUGGAACAAAGUUGUUCCAACAACUUUGUUGGAACAUUUGUUCCAGCAAUAUUUCUUAUACUUGUUGGGAGGAUAAUGAACAACUGUGGACCUCUGAUGUUCACACAGUGUUCUUUGAUUAUUCCUAUGUCUACUCUUCACUGGCUCUAUUCUGCAUUUCCUUCAAUAUUGUUCACUCCAACAUGUUAUUUUACUAUGAAAAUUUGGGACGGGACCCUAAAAUAUUUUCCAUGUACUUGUAUGUAUUGUUUUAUACCUCUCUUAUCUCCUUUGUAGAGAUUUUAUUUUGAGAGCUUUGAGAUGAUCCUAAUAAUUUAGAUGCUUUAUCAUGUCCAUGCAUGCCGUAUAUGUUCUCUGUAUUCCCUCUUACUUCAGCAAUCUCUCCUUCUCUGAAGGGGAAAGUGAGUAUCAAGCGGUACUCGAGGUGGGACAACUCUUGGUAAUUUAAAUAGUAUGAGCAUUUCAAUGGGUCCCUUGAAUUUGAGGGUUCUUGUAAUCUAUCUUAUCAUUUUUUAGCUAAUGCUAUAUUUACUUGGUUAUGCUCCUUAAAUGUUAAAUCAUCAGACAUCAUUAUUCCUAGAUCCUUUACUUGUUGCUUUCCUACUAUGGGGCAGAUUUGAUUGUGUUUUGUACCCCGUAUUUUGCUUCAAGGCCUUCCAUACCUAAGUACCUCGAAGUUAUCACUGUUAAACAUCAUGUUAUUUUCUGUUGCCUAAUCAAAAACUUAUUAAUACCAGCUUGUAGUUUUCAGUGUCUUCUACAAAAGUAAUUUGCAUGCUGAUUUUUGUGUGAUCUGCAAAAGAUGACACGAAGCUAUGACGUGUAUUUUUGUUUAUAUCUGAUACGAGAAUAAGGAAAAAGUGGUGCAAGGAUUGUGUCCUGAAUUACAGAUCCGUUAACUGUGCUUGGACUCGAUAUUUUUUAGUCGAUUGUUACUCUUGCAUUCUGUUUGAUAGAAAAUGUAAUAUCCAUUGCCCUACUUUACCUGUUAUUUCCCUCUGACCUCAUUUUGUGGGCUAUCAAUACAUCACUCCAAUGUCCAUCAAUCCAUGGUCACAUUCAUCAAAUGCCUUGCAAAGUCUGUGUAUACCACAUCUGUAUUCUGUUUUUCGUUUAAUGCAUCAGUGAUUUUGUCAUAGUGUUCAUUAUCUUCCCACUCCAAUUCCACCAUAUUGUUGUUUAAAUGCAACCUCUUCCUGCCUUUGGAUAUAUGUUUGUGUUUAUGAAAAAGUGACAAGAUGAUGCAGCUGCUUCACAGUCAUGGAAAUGGGUCUAAGCAAGCGAAGGUAAAUCACUUACAUAUGCAUCCUCAGUAUCAAGGUUAGUGGCUACAUUGAUCUACUUCAUUAGGAGUCCUGUUGAGCAUUUUGGGUGCCAACCCGGAGACUUCGUUGUUUGCCUUUUACACUUAAGAUUUGUGUGAGUACUGUAUAAUGUAAUGUAUGUACAGUAUGCAUAUAUUCCAUAAUGUUUAUUAAACCUGUGUUCUUCCAAGAGCUUUAGAAACUAGUCUGUCUAGUGUUUUAUUGAAAAAUGUAUAUAUUUUAUAAAAUAAGAGUGUCAUGUUCAUUAACCUUGUUAGGUGGCUGAAAAGUUAGACUAAAAGUUUGAAGUAGACAUGAAUUUGCAUGCAUUUGUACGUAACAUAUGCACCCCCCUCCCUUCCCCACACACACACAGACAUACAUUAUUUUGUGAACAUUAUAACAUGUGUGCACUCCCUAAUCAUGUGUCAAUGGAGUUAGCACAAAGAUGUGCAAACUCUUUUCGUAUGGAAAAGAUAAUUAUAUACUGUGUAGUUGUACAUACAGUAUGUGCAUGCUUGGGUACAUAUGAUUGUUCACAUACUAUAUAUAUAUAUAUAUAAAUUAUUUUAUUGCAUUGCUACAGUUUACAGAGAACACACACACAUUAUAACAAUAUAACAACCAGUGUUCGAAGACCUUGUCCAGCUCUUCGGAAGUCGGGUGCGUUCUCAAGAUACUGCACGAAUUUAUCCUCUGAACUGCGACACUGAGGCGCUGGAACAGAAAACUGGCCGCUCUUGAGUCUUUAGUUUUCCCAAUGAGGUCCUCACCCACCUCCUUUAGGAACUUAAGUGCACAUUUACCCCAGGCACCCAGAGUCUCGGAGCCUAUCGGCACGAACCUGUAACAACGUUCUAGGUCCCUGUACUUGUUGGUUUUCUGGGUCUCUGAAGGUGGCUGUCCCGCCUCCCUUAACUGUGCUGUAAGGUAGAUAGGUAUCAGCUAAUGUAGAUGCACACGUGUUAUAUAUAUAUACUUGUAUAUGAUAUAAUAUAUAUAUAUUAUAAUAUUUCUUUUAUUAUAUAUAUGUGUGUGUGUGUGUGAAUGGGUGUAUGGCGUUGCAUUUGUGCAUAUUGGUAUAUGCUUGUAUGCCAGGCAGUAUGUGUUGCUCACUGUCAUUCAUUAUCAGGCAGUAGACGGUAUUGGGGUUCUUUUAUAUAUCCAGUAUUAGUUUCCGGAUAUUUUAAUAUGGAGUCUUUUUUUUGUUUUUUUUUUAGUUAAUAUUAAUAUUAUAGGGGUUAAAAACUUAAUACAGUACAGUACUUUUAUUUGUACUUAGGACUGAGAAUGUUUAAAAUUUACCCCAAAAUCUUAUUAAUGUUUUAUUAAAUACUGUUUUCUUGAUGUAAAAUGUUUUGCAGAUAGUGUAUUGUACUGUAAUUAGAAACUUGGAAGAAAUUGUAUUUGUUAAAUGCAUACUUAUUCAGUAUCUUUUGUGAAUUAAACUGUUAUUAAUGAUCUGAACAGAUUUGGAAGACAAUAUUUUGAAUUGUUUACUUCUUUCUAUGAGGUGAAAAUUGAAUGGUAGUUUGCCUAUUACUCUUUAAGCUAACUGUGGUUCAAUCCUCAUAAUGAGAAUGAGUUGCUGGAAUUCUCACCACCUCACUCUUAAUGGGAACAUUGUCUACUGAUGUCUCUUGAAAAUAUUAAAUAACUCUGCAGGGUAUGUAUUUUUAAAUAUAAUGUUUUUUAUACAUAUUUAGAUAUAUUUUUUAGAUUGAUAUGUCCAUAUCUUUUAUCAUUUAUCAGUGUUCAUUACUUGCUUUAAGGUUUUUAAAAAACUUUCAGUGCUAUUAAGAGCCCCUUACAAAUGUCUUGUUUUAUUGUUUUACAUAUUCUGUUUGGGAAUGUAACGUACAGGAUAGUAGUUAGUGAUUAGCUCAAUCUGCUUAUAACCAACUGGAUUUGAGUUAGAUUUCAUUGCAGGACUAGACAUUUGGGUAUGUUGCCAUACACCCAUUGACUCUGUCCAUCUAGCAGUAAAUAAGUACCUGGGAGUUAAGCGGCUGUUGUGGUUUACUUCCUGAGGUAGAUUGAUCAUUGGCUUAGGGAAAUUUGGGUAAGCCAAAUAGGCUUCCUGUCCUUAACAUUGGGAAACCAUAACUUUUGAAGAAUCUCUUAAUUGGGUUUAUCAAGCUUUGUUUACUGAAAUCUCACCUGCACUAAAUAUUAUUAUUUUCAGCUAAGUAAUACUGUAUAAUAUAAUGCAGUACACAUUUUUUUUUGUGAAAGAUAAUUUAAAAAAACUUAAGAUUAGUUUCAGUAAAAGUAUACAGUGUGUGUUAACUAUGCUUGGGGACUAAACAUGUUAGCAUUACUGGGAUGUGGAGUGCUUGUGUCUGUCUCAUGUUUGACAGUAUAAAUGGUAUAGAUGGGUAAUAUCCUGAAUGAUUAGGAUUAGUUAAAUCUUAAGAGUAUGGAGGGAGGUAAAGUAAGUGAAGUAUACAUGUCUAUGUGAUUGACUAGUCUGUACUGCAGGUAAAUAUUUAGCUAAAAUGAAAUAAAUAAAUAGUUGAGAAUUGUGUUAUGGAGACCAUGUACAGGAGACUGCACAUGAAACACUAAUGUAUAAUAAAUUUUGUAAAUUAAA